GUCGAUGAUAUAAUUUCAUAUGCUCAUCAAAAGCUUGUCAUCUCGUUAUCAAAGCUGAUCAACACUUCAGCGAUACAAGAGACUAUCGAAAUCCCUACCGUCAGAUAUAGAACAGUCGAAGGUAACCAAAAGCACUACCAUAUUAGGAUCGUUGGAUUGACAAUACUCAGCAUCAUUCCAUCCGACUACCACCAUGAAACCAAUCAUGCUCUCUUCUCUUCUCGCCCUCCUCCCCGAGGCGAGCGCCAUCCCAGACAAAUCCCCGAUGAAGCGAGACCCAGGUCCCGCUUGGCCCUUCGACUUAUACCAGAACAUCCACUGCAGCGGACUCGGCCAGAUCUACACCGGCAACGGAUCCUCCCCCUGCCACACCCAUAUCGGCGGUGGUGGAGCGCUGGGAUAUAUCCCGACGACCAUCGACCCAAACUGCACGGUGUUGUUGUAUUCAGACAAGAACUGUACGGAUUCAAUUGGGAAUAUCACUGCGACGUCGCGGCCCAAAUGCCAGGUGUCGGAGAAUGGGGGGAAUGAUACUCUGAUUACUAGUUUUGAUGUUCGAUGUGGUUAUAGUCCGGUGAGGAGAUGGUAG